AUGCAUCGGGUUGAAGAGGCUCAACACAAGAACGAGAGAGUUUUAAAAAACAGGCAAAGUUGUGGGUUAACAGCACAUGCAAAUGGGUCAGCAAAACAUCUCAAUGUUUUUCAGGAUGCUCAAAACCGAAAAUUUUCAACAGUGCGAAAAACGGAAAAAAAUGGGGAAAUGACAUACCAAAGUCCAAACGGAGAUGGACGGCGGCGACGGGGGAGCAACGCGCAGGAAUGUGGCGGCGCUGACAAGGGUUACAAGGAAAACGAAUUUGAGUGA